GCCGGCGUGUGAGGACGCGGCAGAGGUGCGGAGGGCGCAGCCAUGGGUCGUUUGGAGGUGCUGCUUGUGGAGAACUUUAAGUCGUGGCGGGGCCGCCAGGUUAUAGGCCCCUUCAGGAGGUUCACCUGCAUCAUUGGCCCCAACGGCUCCGGAAAAUCUAAUGUAAUGGAUGCACUUAGUUUUGUAAUGGGAGAAAAAAUAGCUAAUUUAAGAGUGAAAACUAUUCAAGAACUUAUUCAUGGAGCACAUAUUGGAAAGCCUGUUUCUUCUUCUGCAAGUGUAAAAAUUGUAUACGUGGAAGAAAGUGGAGAAGAGAAAACAUUUGCAAGGACUAUCCGAGGGGGAUGCUCAGAAUAUUGUUUUAAUGAUAGUCCUGUGAGUCGUUCUGCUUAUAUCACAGAGUUAGAAAAGAUAGGCAUAAUAGUCAAAGCCCGGAACUGUCUAGUUUUUCAGGGAACUGUGGAGUCAAUUUCACUGAAAAAACCCAAAGAAAGAACACAGUUUUUUGAGGAAAUCAGCACUUCAGGAGAGCUUAUAGGAGAAUAUGAGGAAAAGAAAAGAAAGUUACAGAAAGCCGAAGAAGAUGCACAGUUUAAUUUUAAUAAGAAAAAAAAUGUAGCUGCAGAGCGUAAACAUGCAAAAUUAGAGAAGGAAGAGGCAGAACGUUACCAGAGUCUCCUUGAAGAACUGAAAAAAAGCAAGAUACAACUGCAGCUUUUCCAACUGUAUCACAAUGAGAAAAAAAUUUCUUUUCUAAACAGUGAGUUAGAGCGUGUGAAUAAGGAUUUGAGUGUCACAAAAGAGUCUCUUUCUAGUCAUGAAAACACAGUUAAAGCCAAGAAGAAGGAACAUGGAAUGUUAAGCAGACAACUGCAACAAACAGAAAAAGAAUUAAAAUCUCUUGAAGCACUUUUAAAUCAGAAGAGGCCUCAAUACAUUAAAGCUAAAGAAAACACUUCUCACCACCUCAAGAAGUUAGAUGUGGCUAAGAAAUCAAUAAAGGACAGUGAAAAACAAUGUUCUAAACAGGAAGAUGACAUAAAGGCCUUAGAGACAGAGCUGGUUGAUUUAGAUGGUGCAUGGAGAAGUUUUGAAAAGCAGAUUGAGGAAGAAAUUUUACGUAAAGGGCGAGAUAUUGAACUAGAAGCCAGUCAGCUGGAUCAAUACAAAGAACUUAAGGAACAAGUAAGAAAGAAAGUGGCUAUAAUGACCCAACAAUUGGAAAAGCUGCAGUGGGAACAAAAGGCUGAUGAAGAAAGACUGGCAUUUGAAAAGAGGAGGCAUGGGGAAGCUCAGGGAAAUCUAAAACAAAUAAAAGAACAAAUAGAAGAUCAUAAAAAGCGAAUAGAGAAGUUGGAGGAGUAUAUAAAAACAUGCAUGAAUUUCUUGAAAGAGAAAAAACAGCAAGAGGAAACCCUAGUGGAUGAAAUUGAAAAGACAAAAUCAAGAAUGUCUGAAGUUAAUGAAGAGCUGAAUCUUAUUAGAAGUGAACUGCAGAAUGCUGGAAUUGAUAACCAUGAGGGAAAACGUCAGCAAAAGAGAGCAGAGGUUCUGGAACACCUUAAAAGACUUCACCCAGAUUCUGUGUUUGGAAGACUGCUUGACCUGUGUCAUCCUAUACAUAAGAAAUACCAGCUGGCUGUUACUAAACUUCUUGGUCGGUACAUGUUUGCCAUUGUUGUAGCCUCUGAAAAGGUAGCAAAAGAUUGUAUUCGAUUUCUGAAGGAGGAAAGAGCUGAACCUGAGACAUUCCUUGCUUUAGAUUACCUUGAUAUCAAACCAAUCAAUGAAAGAUUACGGGAGAUUAAAGGCUGUAAAAUGGCGAUUGAUGUCAUAAAGACUCAGUUUCCUCAGCUGAAGAAAGUAAUUCAGUUUGUGUGUGGAAAUGGCCUUGUCUGUGAGACUGUGGAAGAAGCAAGGCAUAUUGCCUUCAAUGGACCUGAAAGACGGAAAACAGUAGCUCUUGAUGGAACGUUAUUUUUAAAAUCUGGAGUCAUCUCUGGAGGGUCAAGUGACUUAAAAUACAAGGCUAGAUGCUGGGAUGAGAAAGAAUUAAAGAAUUUAAGAGACAGGAGAACUCAGCUAAUCCAAGAAUUAAAGGAUUUAAUGAAGACACUUCGCAAGGAAGCAGAUUUGAAACAAAUACAGACUCUAGUACAAGGAACUCAUACACGACUCAAAUAUUCGCAAAGUGAACUAGAAAUAAUUAAAAAGAAGCACCUUGCUGCUUUUUACCAGGAACAAUCUCAGCUACAAAGUGAACUGCUAAAUAUUGAGUCUCAAUGUACUAUGUUGAGUGAAGGAAUCAAACAACGGCAACGAAGAAUUGAGGAAUUUGAAGGAAAGAUACAUAAGGUUGAAGAUGAUAUUUUUCAACACUUCUGUGAAGAAAUUGGUGUAGAAAAUAUUCGUGAAUAUGAGAACAGACAUGUUAAACAGCAACAAGAAAUUGAUCAAAAAAGGUAUUUUUAUUAAAAGAUGUUGAAACAAAAUACUCGGCUUAAUGUUCAACUUGAAUAUAGUCGCAAUCAGCUGAAGAAAAAACUGAAUAAGAUUAACACAUUAAAAGAAACUAUCCAGAAAGGUAGAGAAGACAUCGAUAACCUAAAGAAGGCUGAAGAAAAUUGUCUGAAAAUUGUGGAUGAACUCAUGGAGAAACGGCAGCAACUUAAGGACACAGUUGUCACUCAGAUUACCAACACUGAGAAAGUCCAAGCUCAAAUUGAAGAGGAACGGAAGAAGUUUUUGGCAGUUGAUAGGGAAGUGGGAAAAUGGCAAAAAAAAGUUGUAAUCCUUCAAACUUCUCUGGAACAGAAGCGGUUAGAGAAACAUAACAUGUUGCUUGAUUGCAAAGUCCAAGACAUUGAAAUAAUUCUUUUGUUGGGGUCACUGGAUGACAUCAUUGAAGUGGAGUUGGGACCUGAAGCAGAAAGUACCCAGGCAACAAUGGAUAUAUAUGAAAAAGAAGCCGCCAUUGAGAUAGACUACAGCUCUCUAAGAGAGGAUUUGAAGGCUCUACAAUCUGAUAAAGAAAUUGAGGCCCACCUUAGACUCCUACGGCAACAAGUAGCAUCCCAGGAAGAUGUCCUGCUGAGGACAGCGGCCCCAAACCUCAGAGCCCCGGAGAACCUAAAGACUGUCAGAGACAAGUUUCAGGAGUACACAGACGCUUUUGAGGCCAGCAGAAAGGAAGCCAGAAUACGUAGGCAAGAGUUUGAACAGGUGAAAAAAAGGAGAUACAAUCUUUUCAGCCAAUGUUUUGAGCACGUCUCAGUCGCAAUUGAUCAGAUCUACAAGAAGCUCUGCAGAAACAACAGUGCCCAAGCAUUUCUUAGCCCAGAAAACCCAGAAGAGCCUUACUUGGAGGGAAUUAGCUAUAACUGUGUGGCCCCAGGCAAACGGUUCAUGCCAAUGGAUAAUUUGUCGGGGGGAGAAAAGUGUGUGGCAGCUUUGGCUCUCCUGUUUGCUGUGCACAGUUUUCGGCCUGCUCCAUUCUUUGUUUUAGAUGAAGUAGAUGCAGCCCUGGACAAUACUAACAUUGGCAAAGUAUCGAGUUAUAUCAAAGAGCAGACUCAGGACCAGUUUCAGAUGAUAAUCAUUUCCCUAAAAGAGGAGUUAUAUUGCAAAGCUGAUGCACUGAUAGGCAUCUAUCCAGAGCAUGAUGACUGCAUGUUCAGCCGAGUUUUGACCCUAGAUCUGUCUCAGUAUCCAGAUACUGAAGACAAGAGAAAGCAGCAGGAGGCCCGUUAGGACGCAGAAUGCCCCUGUGCUGUAAGAGCAGAGUCACGCAGCGGCCAGGCUAGUCACUGUUCUCACUCUGCCGUUCAACCCCACAGCACUCUUGAGUGACAGACUUCUGGAGCAAAAGCCAGACAGCCUGUGUGUCACUUAUGAAAAAGCUUAAUUGCUACCAGGCAAAGAUGCUGUAGCUCACUUCCAUUAAGGAGUGCCCAGGCCCCAUUCCAGCAGGUAGUAUUUUUUUGUGAGGUAGCUCUGAAAGUUUAAAAAAGAAACAACCAUAGUUUUAACUUCCAUUUUUGAAAGCCAGUCAGAAAGUUUUCAAA